AUGUCUCUCUCAACGAACACCACGUCUCCCCCUCAAUACUCAUCUUCACCCCAGCAGUCCUCUCGCGGUCUCCCUCGUCCAGCCGCGCCAUCAAGGCAGAGCUUCGACCGACCCCCAACCGCACAACGCAUGAGCCAUACCUCAGAGCAACAUGGAGCGUAUGAAGCAGCGGCUGACGCUGACACCAACACUCUUCCCCACGACGAUGGAGGUCGUCACGAACCCAGCCCCGCUACCCAGUCCUCCUUUCAACCCUUCUUUACACUGAUCGAGGAUGCCAAUACCUCCGAGUACUAUCAUCCAACCGUCCACUACAUCUUCUCCGACGAUGAUGCAGACAUCGUGACGGAAGCAGCCCUGCGAGCCCUCGAGGCCGAACAAGACACCGCUCCUGAUCCCGGAAAGGGCAAGACCAAGUCCUCGCGCGAUCAGCCUCCGACAAGCCAAGCAGACCCGGAAGACGCGAAUGCAUACCCAGAGCACAGCGACAGCGAACCCCUCACACCAAGAAAGGAAUCGCUUCUCCCUCCUCCAAUCCCCGGAAUCCGUGACAACUACAUCAUCCUAGACAUGGAGCCUGCUCUCGACGGCGCAAACCAUUCCGCCCUGGACGCUGCUCGCGGUGCCGCCGGCCUGAGAUCCAUCUCCUUCUCGCCAGCCGCACAAGGAAUGCCCCUACCUCACCAGCAACAGCACCAGCAGCAGCAGCAGGGGUCCCCCGCGCCCCCGCCUCAGUUCACAAUUACCUCUGCCGACAGCUUAACCCCGGCAUGGCAAGUCCUCAACACCCAGUUGAUGCCGGCGCCGACAUUCGAGAACCACGCCUCCGGCGAGCAACCUUCUUCCAACGGCGGCCUCAUGCUCAAGAUCCACGGUACGGCCGGCCUGCCCGUGACCAUGUUCGGGAAGGACAGGGACAAGGAGAGAGGCAGCCAGCGCCUGGAAGAGAUGAUGGAGCAGUUCGAGAAACGCCUGGGCGAGCUCAGGCAGGUCAUCCAAGCUGGUGAUCACGCCCCACCAGCUCAAGACGGUUUAUUCGAGGAUCACGGUGGAUUGGACGAUCCGGAGGCUAACGUUGGUUCUGGUUUGAACGUUGAUCAAUCGAAUGAAGCUCGUAGCGCGGCUAGUAAGAAUGAAGCAGGCACUGAGAUUAAUCUAUGA